AAAUAUAUGAAUGGUGUUGCCUUCAAAAGCAUAGGAUAUUUCAUAUUUUGUGCUCUUAACUUCACCCAGUUUCUGACAUCCUCGCCCUUGUAAUCCUUAUCAUACAUCGCAGCUUCUCUAGAUGCUCUCUUCUUGUUUGGAUAAAUUUGAUAUCUUCGUUUUAAAAUUCCAGUUGGGAACUUAGAAAUACAGAAACUGCAGGAAUAAAGCUUAAAGGGUGCAUCCACUUUGAUUUAGAAGCUGGCACCAGCUAUGGGUUUGCUCACUAUAAACUGUGGGAUGUUUGUUAGAUACUAUGGAAUCCAAGAGUUUUCACCCCGAAUCUCAAUCAUUAGCACUAAAUUUAGUGCAAGGGCCUUUGCUAGUCGCAAACCAAUGAAAAUUUCAAGAAGAGAGGGGCGGCUGAGUAAAAGUUUCACCUUGCAGACUAAAGAGACCUUACCAGAAGACAUCAAUGGUCUAGCUGAUAUGUGUCCUUCCAAGGAUGGCAAUAAUAAUAAUGGAAAAAGUGUAGAUUCAACUCCACCGGAUAUCAUUUCCAUUCCUUCCAGGAGUAAUGUGCUUCAAGCCUGCACCAUCACUUCUGGGUUGAUAGCUGCUUUGGGUCUAAUAAUUAGACAGGUAUCGCAUGUUGGGUCAAUGGAAGGACUACCCAUUCUUGACUGCUCCACGGAAGUAUCAUUUGGUUUCGAGUUAUGGCACCUUGAGUUGAUCACUGGAUUGGUUUUGCUAAUUUCCUCAUGUCGGUACAUACUAUUGAAGACGUGGCAAUAUUUUGCUGAGUCAAGUGAUACAGCCAAUAAGCAGGUUCUUUCUUCACUACAACCUUAUGAUUACUUGGUUGUCGCAUUUUUGCCUGGGAUGAGUGAGGAACUCCUUUUUCGUGGCGCACUGCUCCCGGUUUUGGGAUUUGACUGGAAAAGUGUUAUGGUUGUUAGCACAGUUUUUGGUGUUCUACACUUGGGCAAUGGGAGAAAGUAUUCCUUUGCAGUGUGGGCAACUUUUGUUGGUAUUGUGUAUGGUUAUGCAACAAUCAUGUCAUCUAGUGUUAUCGUUCCUAUGGCUUCCCAUGCAUUGAACAACCUUGUUGGAGGGCUUCUCUGGCGCUAUACUUCAAAGUCUUUAGAGUGAGAAUUAGAUGUCAUUUUGGGUUUUAAAUAAAGUUUUACACUUUCUUGAAUAUAUGUCAUCUAUGUUAUCCAGAUUUAGAUGUGUUGGAUAUGGGUAAUUCAAGUAUCCUAUUUUAUUGUUCUUCUAAGUCUUUUUCAAUAUAUUUAAAUGAUCAUCGCCUUAUAUUCA